AUUUCUCAAUUCCCAACUUCUUCAUUAUCCAAACUGUUCUGAAACAUUUAGAGAAACAAUGGGAGGACUAGUGAGAAGCAUCUUCUUCAGAAACAAAUCAUUUGGAGCUCAUGACUACAACAACAAUGGAAGAAGCAAUCAUCUAGGAGAGAAGAAAAGGUGGAGCUCGGUUAGAUCGUACCUUUGCGGAGAUGAGUUCAACUCUGUUCUUGCUGUUGAUGAUUCAGGAUCGAUAAAGGACUCUGACGCUCUUAAUACAAUGUCUCAGCAACUGAGUUCAGAUUUUGGUAUGCCUUUUGGUUCGGUUAUCGCAAUCGAAGAUUCAGCUUCUGUGAAACGUUUGGAGGAUGAUGACUCUGUCUCAGUUAAGAGCUCUGAGGCAACAGUGACUCAGCCUUUACAGGAGGAGAAGUCGAAAGUACUGAGUCAAUAUGUUAAAGAAGAAGAAGAUGUUGAUAACCAAAGCGAAGCAACAGAGACGCACAUACCUAAGAAGCAUCAGACUACUCCAAUCUCCAAGUUGUUCCUCGAAGAAGACGCUGCAGUUAUAAUUCAGUCAGCAUUCAGGAGCUACAUGGCAAUACGUCAGAGCAAAGAAGAAGAAGUUACAUGUACUAAGGAGGAGAGCUUCUCAGGAGAGGAAUCUCAAAGCAAGGUUUCCAUGGGGACAUCACUAGAAGCUCAGACAGGUAAUUCUGUGAAAGCACCAUUAUUCACAAGUAAACGAGUAUCUGCAAAUCGAUCAACACUACACAAUAACAAAGCUCAAGUUCUGAGGAUAAAGGAAGACUGGGAUGAUAGUACAGUGAGCAGCACCAUAUCGAAAUCAAGGAUUCAAAGCAGGAUGGAAGCAAUGACAAAACGGGAAAGAGCACUUGCAUAUGCAUUCUCACAGCAGCUAAGGAUUUGCUCAAAGAAGAAGCAAAUGGAUCGUAGCGAUGAAGAUGAUUCCAACAUUGGUUGGAGUUGGCUAGAACGCUGGAUGGCAACCCGUGUACCAGACAGCAUUCCAAUGGAACCCAGAACAAACAUUCAGACAGAUGUUGCAACAAAAACACAAAGAUUGGUAACAAAGAAUAGAUCUUUUGGGAUAGCUGGCGAGUUGGAGAGCUGUGCUUCCAACGAUAUACCUCUCCAAUUUGAAAGCAUAUCAGAGACACAAGAAGAGGAAACUAAAGAUUUGCAGACCAGAAAAAGCAACCUUAAAGCGAGCAUAUCUAAGCGCAAAUCUGUUCCAAGCUACAAAAGCCAGAGAAGGCAUAAUAGGCUUCAGGCAACCAAAAGUGAUCUGCAACAACAGACAAAGAAGGCUAAGAAGGCCAAGACCACAACCUCAAGCUGAAAAAUGGGACAUGAAUGCGAGGAAACCCCACGGAAGCUAACGAAGAUAAUCAUUACCUGUAAAGGUUUGCAGUUAAGUAACAUGUUUCACAAUAGUUUGAUCUUUCGAAAUCUGAUAACAAGUUUGUGUAAAUUAUUUGGGGGAAUCAACCAAGCAGUAGUAAGGGAUAAGAAACUGGAAACCCCAGAAAUACAUAA